AUGCCAGCAACGUUCACCGACCUGCUCUCCGCAUUUAUCGCAAUCACCAUCACGAUCCUUGCUACUAUCGCUGUCCAGGCGAAAGCCGACGGCAACUCAUACGCGCUUAUCAUGCACAAGGUCAAGACCGCGCUCGUCAUCCUCUUGCCGAACUUUGCCGUUCUCCUCAUGGUCUGCUGUCUCGUUCCGGGGGUCCUGCGACAGGAUGACUAG